ACAUACUUACUCACAUCCCACACUGUUGAGUUUCACAGUGCUGCCUGAGGCGGAGUAUGUAACCCAGACUGUCAGGAAGCCACAUGAUGCGGAGAAAGAGACACACAAUUGCAGCUGCUCUCCUGCUGUGUGCUGUUACAGCGCUCUGCUCUGAUGGUGUCCAGACUCCAAAGUGUGUCUCAAAUUGGAAGGUGAAGUGCUUCCAGCCAGCCGACCAUCUGAAUGCCUCUGAUCCUGUCAGCUUGAAGUUGUCCAAUGGUCAAGAACUCAUUGUCUCCCUGGAGGCCCUCCCUGAUUGCCCUGUCUGCCAGUGGGUGAAAGAUGAAGGCCUGCCGGUGAAAAUAAACGGGUGUGUCUCCACGCUCAUACCACGAUGUUCUCGGACAGAUUCUGGGACGUACACUCUGAGCUGUGAAAGUCAGAGAGGAAGCAAUUUUACGAAAACUGUUGCUCUUCAAGCAGUUGAACAACCUUCCAAACCACAGCUGUAUCUGGAUGGAAUAAAUGAUCCAAGUGUUUCUCCUUCAUAUAAGUGCAUCUCUAAAGGUUCUCCAAGGCCCAAAAUUGUUUGGUCUGGUCCAACCGACCGGGAGAAGAAGACAGCUAUUGAUGCUUGGACAGCAGAGAGCUCAGUCUCAAGUUUUAAAUAUUAUAACAUGAAGGUGGAAUGUUGUGCCAAAAACAAUGAAGGAGAGGAAUGCACCCAGCUGUAUGAAUUUGACUUACGUACUGAUUCAGUGAAGCAAGAGGAGGUUUCAAAUGUGACCAUAAGCCCCGGUGAGCCUUUGCUACUUCGCUGCACAACAGGUCAAGAUACAGGUUAUACCUGGGAGCACGAUGGCAAGGUUCUGGUGGACAACAAGAAUACGAUCCGCAUUAUAAAGCAAAGGGUUUAUGGCGUGAAUAUGGUGUAUGCAUUCAUUGCAUCAGCUGCCUCGAAUCACAGUGGCACAUACACCUGCAAGAAGUCAAACAGAGCUAAAUCCAUGGAUAUCCAUGUUAGGGUUUAUAAUAUGAGAGCUUCCUCUCCUCCACAGCUGCCUGACCAGAUUUUGAUAACUCAGAACAGCUCCUGUCUGGAAGCAGAUGUCUUUUACCACCCGGGACUGCAGCACUGCAACUGGGAGGCUCCUGACGGGAGUGUCACUAAAUGCAUCAGGGAGCAGGCGGUCGCGAACCACAGGACUGUGAGGUAUUGUAAUCCACUUCAGUCGGGAGAAUAUAAACUACACCUGGGGACUGGAGGAAAAACAGAAACCAAGAACACAACAGUUUGUGUUGUAGAAACACCGGCACCCAAAUUUAGCGAAGAAAAUGGUUUAUUAAUUGUGGAGACUGUGAGUGUCCUGCCAGCAAACUCUACAUGGAUGUCAAGAUCAUCAACCACGAACGGCUCUGAAACAGAUUCCUAUUGGGAAGUGAUUCAUCAGGAGUAUCACACACCUUCUCAUGACUUCUGUAACAAGAAGCUUGUCAGCACGCUUUCAGCCAACAAGGUGGCUGAAAGCAAAUUCAAGUUUUGCUUGACAAACCGAGUUGGUACCUGGUGCAGUGAACAUUAUGUGCUACAAACAGCCAGCCUCCUAGCCUCCAGAGGUGAUCCACCAUCUGAUAGUAACUCCAUGCUGCUGAAAGCCGGCAUUUUUGUUCUGCUCCUGGCCCUGGCAGUGGUCACACUCCUGCUCGUGUACUACAUCAAGAAGAAGAAACCCCAAUAUCAGCCUCAGCUUCAGAUGAUCCAGAUGGUGGGACCUAAUGACAACGACUACAUCUACAUCAACUUCAAGGACUUUGAUUACGACAAGAAAUGGGAGUUUCCUAGGCAGAACCUGGAGCUUGGAAAAGAGCUGGGCUCUGGAGCGUUUGGCAUGGUGGUUCAGGCCACGGCUUAUGGCAUCAACGAUCCUGGAGUAUCACAGCAGGUGGCUGUCAAGAUGCUGAAAGAAAAACACCAGACUGUGGAGAAGGAAGCUCUGAUGUCUGAGCUGAAGAUGCUGACUCAUAUCGGUCAGCACACCAACAUCGUAAACCUGCUCGGUGCAUGCACAGAAACCGGACCCAUAUACCUGAUUUUCCAGUAUUGCUGCUACGGAGACCUGCUGAACUACCUGAAGAAGAGCGGUGAUCGCUAUCACAAGUCUGUGACUGACGCCUUCAGCAGGGACCGAUUCAGCAGCCUGUAUCACAACCUGCAGACCAAGAAAAACCAAAGUGAGCUGGUAACAAAGGACAACUACAUGCACAUGCACGGCUCCACCACCAGGGGGCAGGAGGACAUCGCCCUGAUCACCAUCAACUCCAACGAAGAUCCAGAAAUCUACGAGAGUGAAGAAGAUCCGACGGAGCUGCAGGCUCUCACCUUUGAUGAUCUGCUCAGCUUUGCCUAUCAAGUGGCCAAAGGGAUGGAGUUCCUCUCCUCCAAGAAUUGCAUCCACCGAGAUCUGGCGGCUCGAAACGUGUUGGUAACAAAAGGCCGGCUGGUGAAAAUCGGUGACUUUGGGCUGGCCCGGGACAUCGACAAUGACUCCAACUACGUCGUGAGAGGGAACGUACGUUUGCCGGUUAAGUGGAUGGCUCCAGAGAGCAUCUUCCAGGGGAUGUACACCAUGAAGAGUGACGUGUGGGCUUACGGCAUUCUGCUCUGGGAGAUCUUCUCACUCGGCGUGACUCCGUAUCCAGGUGUUAAAGUGGAUCACACGUUCUACUCAAUGAUUGAGAGAGGAUUUAAGAUGGAGUGUCCGUACUAUGCCAACGAGUCUGUGUAUGGUAUGAUGUGCAAGUGUUGGGCCCUGGAUCCUAACAAUCGCCCGUCUUUCUCCAAGUUGGUGGACUUCAUGAGUAGCCAGCUGAUGGACAUCGAGGAGAAGCUCUACCAGAACAUGCUUGACCAGACUUCCAGCGACUACCAGAACGCGUCAACCCUUGUGGACAUUUCAGCCUUGGUGAAAGAAAGUGAGAGCAAGACGGCGGCAGCCAACGACUACUGCAAAGCCAACCUGAAAGAGCAACCCCAAGCAGAGGCAUCAAAGUGGGAGGCUGCUGGGGAAGCGGAAGCGGAGCCUCUGAAGCUUUCUGGAGGAGAGUGAUCCAACCAUUUUAUCCACAGCAUACGUAACAGAUCUACCUAUUAUCCUGCUUAUUAACAGCCAUCAAAAUAACAUACUGGCUUUAUACUCUAUUACAAAUAUUGUGAGCAUUACAUGCAAAAGGCUGGAUUUUGCAUUUAUUUGAUAUAAUUUCUUCUUAUAU